CUCCACUUAAACACUCCACGAGGCGGACGCAGUUGCCACGACUAGACCCCGGAAGCAUUUCAGAAGCACUUAAAAAAGAAGCGUGGCUGCCCACGAUUUUUAUUCUCCGACGUCAUCACUAGAAUCCUUCCUCAAACACGUUCUCAUCAACUACAUCUUACCUACGAACAAGAUGGCACAAUCGCCAUUGCUUUUCAUUGUCGCGGGAGCGGCCAUCUCCUACAUCCUAUACACCCGCGUUGCACUUUAUCUUGCGCGACAACGCUUCAAGAAAGAGAACGGCUGCCAACCAUGCACGGCGCAAUUCCACAAAGACCCUAUCUUCGGAAUCGACAAUGUCAAGGCCAUGGCGUACAACAGCAAGCACCAUAUUCUGCUGCAAGAGAACCGGAAGCGCUUCCAAAGGCUCGGCAACACCUUCCACAACAGAAUUAUUACUGAGCCUUUUAUCGCGACGUGUGAGCCAGAAAAUGUCAAGGCGAUAUUGAGCUUGAAGUUCAAGGACUUUAGCCUUAUACAUAGGUCAGCCGCCUUCACUCCUCUUUUGGGCCAUGGUAUCUUCAAUGCGGAUGGCGAGCGAUGGGCUAAUAGCCGUCACCUACUGCGACCCAACUUCGCCAGGGAUCAAGUCGCCGACAUCGAGGCUUUUGAGCGCCACUUCAAGCUUAUGCUCAAACAUAUCCCAAAAGAUGGCUCGACUGUCGAUCUGCAAGAGCUCUUCUUCCGCCUGACGAUCGAUACUGCAACCGAGUUUCUCUUCAACCACUCUACCAACUCGCUCCGCAUGGUUGGCCAAGAUGACGGCAACAACGAGGACCUCAUCUUUAGCAAGUCGUUCAACUUCGCGCAAGAGGACAUUACGGUCCGCGCCCGUUAUGGUAUAUUCGAUCGAUUCCGGAAGAACGAUGAGGGCAAGAAGGCCAUCGACAUCUGCCACGCCUACAUUGACAAGUUUGUGGAUGAUGCUCUGCGUUUCAGACAGGAAUUGGACACGGAAAAGAGUGCUGGAACCAAGGACGACAAGUACUAUUUCAUUCAAGAGGUGGCCAAGCAGACUACCGACCAGAAGCGGAUUCGCGAGGAACUCAUCAACAUCCUCCUUGCAGGACGCGACACAACAGCCAGUUUGCUCAGUAACAUGUUCUUUGAGAUUGCCAAGAGGCCCGAUAUCUAUGCGAAGCUGAGGGAUGAGGUUGCAACGCUUGAGGGUCGCACACCAACGUAUGAGGAAUUGAGGAACCUAAAGUACCUGAAGUGGUGUCUCAACGAAUCACUCCGCAUCCACCCAGUCGUACCCGGUAAUUCUCGCCGAGCCAUCCGUGACACUGUACUCCCCCGGGGUGGCGGCCCAGACGGUCAAGCGCCCUUGUUCGUACCCAAGGGAACGACGGUCGGAUACUCACCGUACACCAUGCACCGCCGCCACGAUCUCUACGGCCCAGAUGCGGACGAAUACAAGCCUGAGAGAUGGGAGACACUCCGUCCGGGCUGGGAGUACUUGCCUUUCAACGGCGGUCCACGUAUCUGUCUCGGCCAGCAGUACGCGCUUACCGAAGCGAGCUACGUGACGGUCCGUAUGGUACAAGAAUUCAAGACUAUGGAGAGCAGAGACCCCGAAGUGUGGCGAGAGAGUCUGACGCUAACUCUGUGCUCGAUGAACGGUACCCAGGUGGGUCUUACGCCUGCCUAGAAGGAGCGUAAGCGACAACGAACAUCAAGUUGCUUCGAAAGAUGUCAUGCUGGAGAACAUGGCGGAAAGGCACAGCACGACGAAUUAUGCCUGCUUUCCGAAACAGAAGAGGAUUUCUCAUCUAUGCGGUUCACUGUGCAUGAGCACAUGAAGGGGCAUUUGAGCAAGGUUAGGAAAUGGAGGAGGCCGUCUCUAUACUAGCGGAUUCAAGGCUUUUUGAAUUUUUGCGAGGGCUCUUGGGUAUAUAGUUCCUAUUCUUCACCUGUAGAAUAACUUUGACUAUGGAAUUGACAUAUGUUCUUUGACAAGACAUUUCAGCUCGCGGGGUAGAGUCCAUGUGGUGCUGCUAAGACAUGCUGGUGGAUUC